CUGGCCGGAAAUCGUGCAGAUAAAAAACGGGAAUAACGACAUAUCGGAAGGAUAGGUUGACAUUCGAAAAAACAAACAAACACUAUGACUUACAGUUAAAUAAUUACCACAAAAUGUUGAAAAGAGUUCAAAAUGAUGACGACUGUCAAUUGAUUGUCAACACUGCGAUUGCAAAAACAUGUUGUAUGAACGUUUUGUUUGUGUUUUGUUGUGUUCAAUGUGGUUUUGUGUGUUUAAUUGUUUGAGUAUUGUUAGUGUGUCAUUAAUAUUUGUUUGUUGUUGUUGUAUUUUGUUUUGUUGCUGCUUUUUCGGGCGAUUUGUCAAGUAUAAUUCGACGUAUGAACCGGAAGCACAUUUUAAAUGAGACUUUCAUUAAUUGUCAUUUAUGUUUUCAAACAACAUCGCUUUGCACAAAUCAUAUACAAAUAUGGUUAUUGUACUCACUAGUUUACCUUUAAAUUUCAUUAUCGUGUUCAACGCCCAAACUUAUCAGACACUAUAUAGUACGAUACCUUCAGCACAUACAUGCGACAUUUCUACCGAAGUCAUAGAUAGCAAGAAAUUGUGUCAAAACGAUGGCAAACACACUUUUACGACAACUAGCAAUGAUUGCGUGCAUCAGCCACGUGAACUCAGCGUGCGCUGACAUUGACGUCAUUGCGUGCCGAGAACAAGCCGCGGCCGACCCGAACAUGUGCCAGGAUCCAGUGUUGAGCACCACUGCAUGUCCCAGCUACUGCAAAAAGUGUCCCUUAACGUGCUACCAUUGUCAGACAACCGGACAAAACAAUGUACCGUGUACAACACAGAAAACAUGCGCAGUAGGCGAGCAAUGCGUAUACAGAGAGAUUACAGACCCACUCACGGGAUCAACAGAACACAUAUCAACGUGUGCCAGUAACAAAGUGUGUCUCGGUCAAGAACUGAUGCAAGUUGUUUUUGGUCGUCGAAGCAUCAAUACCAGAAACGUUGCCAUCCAAUGUUGCUCGUCUGAUUUAUGUAACGCAGCAACCACCACCACCACGUCGAUAAGGACGACCAUGACACCAACCCCUACCUCCAAUUGCGACUCGAGCAACAACUAUCAUCAGUUGUCAUACAUCAACAAACGUUUCUGUAUUAAAAUACAUAAUGAGUCCAAGGAAUGGGGCGUAGCUCGCCAUGCGUGCAUGUUAGAGAACGCAGAUCUCGUAGUCUUGGACAGUCAUGACAAACACGCUGCAAUGACAUCUCACCUUCGAAGCGUACACAUCCUAAGUGAUAUAUGGAUUGGUGCCUUAGUUGUUGACAAAACCCGCUCUUUCUACUGGCUGAAUAACGCAUCACUGCCAUCGCAUUCAACUGAAUGGGGGCGUGGCCAGCCUGACGAUACUGGCGAUAACCACCAACACGAGGACUGUGUUACCAUACGUCCUCAAGACGGAUUCAAAUUUCACGACCGUACAUGUUUUACCCAAUUAAAAUUUAUAUGUGAACGAACAUUAUAAUACGUUGUACAACGAGCGUUUGGCAUUUGCAAAUAACAUUAUUAAAACAAUUUCACGUCUUUAACGAAUAAUUGAUCAUGUUUCUGUUUAAAUUUGGAAUAAACAAUUGACUAACAA